AUGGCUGAAAUCCACACUCCGUAUGCUUCCUUGAAGAAACUGUUAUCUUUACUCAAUGGCUUCGUGGCUAUGUCUGGCAUCCUCCUCGUCGGCCUGGGCAUUGGUGGUAAAUGUGGAGGGGCCUCCCUGACGAGUGUCCUCGGGCUGUCCUCCGCAUAUCUCCUUCACGUUGGCAACCUGUGCCUGGUGAUGGGAUGUGUCACGGUACUGCUUAGCUGUGCCGGGUGGUAUGGAGUGGCUAAAGAGAGAAGAGGCAUGCUCUUAUUUUGCAUCCUGUCAAUGGUUAUUGUCCUCAUCGUGGAAGUCACAGCUGCCACAGUGGUCCUUCUUUUCUUUCCAAUUGUUCGAGAUGUGGUCUUGGAGCACACCUUCGUGACCCUGAGGAACAAUUACAGAGGUUACAACGAGCCAGACGACUAUUCUACACAGUGGAACUUGGUCAUGGAGAAGCUAAAGUGCUGUGGGGUGAAUAACUACACAGAUUUUUCUGGCUCUUCCUUCGAAAUGACAACGGGCCACACCUACCCCAGGGGUUGCUGUAAAUCCAUCGGAACUGUGACCUGUGAUGGACGCAAUGUGUCUACAAACGUCAUCCACCAGAAGGGCUGUUUCCAUAAACUCCUCAAAAUCACCAAGACUCAGAGCUUCACCCUGAGUGGGGGCUCUCUGGGAGCUGCAGCUAUACAGUUGCCAGGAAUUCUUGCCACUUUGCUGCUGUUUAUCAAGUUGGGCUAA